AUGCGGUUGUACUCACUAUGGGCGUUGGUGCUGGUCAUCGCCACCGUGAACGCCCUCAGUCUCAUUGACUCCGUCCUCGCCCUGACGUGUAUCUACUACCUCAAGAACUUUGACUUUGGCUGCAACUCCACCGGCAAUGGAGCUAAGGCAUUCAACUGUCGGUGCCAGCACGACUUAUGGCUCACGCUGGUGAUGGACUGUGUGCUGACCCAUAACAAGACCCAGGGAGAACGCAACCACGCCGUGCGCCAUAUCAGAAGGCGGUGCUACGAUAAACUGAGCCACAAGUUGACUUACUCCAACGCGUUUAUGGAGGAGAAAUGGAAAGCUCUCCCCGUAGCGCCGUCCCCUCCCGAAGACCCAAAACAACCAGUCACCGAAGCCUUCCACGCUCUGGGUGAAUUAUUUGAGUACUCGUCGCGUACAUUUACCACGUUGAAACAACACACUCACAAUUGCGAUAUGCUUGGUUGGGGUUUCAUCUUCUUUUGGACGUUUAUCGUCGUUGUUGGUGGCGUAUUCCACUGGGUAUUGGGCCCUAAACGCGUGCCUUCCUUCUGGAAACAGCUCCAACGGAAACUGCUUCCCGGCCCUUACUUCAGAGAAGUAACGUUGGACAUGUGGUUGAUCUCAUUCGUGUUUUUCGUAUACACCGUACUCGCCACUGCCAUCGGUUAUGGCGUAGUGAUCCGUCCCAAUAUCUACAUCCAAAACGGCAAAUUGUUAACGCUUGACCUCAUCGGCUACCGUCUGGGGAUCCUCUCGUUCGCCCUCUUGCCCCUCGUGUUCUUCUUUGGCAUCCGCAACAACCCCUUCGCCGUCGUCACCGGGAUGCUGUACCCUCAAUUCUCGUUCUUCCACAAGUACCUUGCCGUGCUCAUGGCGAUCGAGGCGAUGAUCCACACCGGGGUGUGGACGGGCUAUGCUAUUAUUGAUGGUGGCUACGAGCUGUGGGUCGCGGACGCCUACUGGCAGUGGGGGAUCGCCGGUACCGUUAUCGCCACGUUAAUGAUCUUCCUCUCGCUUAAAAAGAUCCGCGACCUCAUGUACGAAGUGUUCUUAUUCGUCCACAAGUUGUUCUCGGCGUUAUAUAUCGUGCUGAUGCUCUACCACGUGAAACCGAUGGGGUGGAUCGGGUGGGUGUUGUCGAUGGCGGGUAUCUGGGGGUUCGACGUGUUCUUCAGGGUAUUGAGAAUCUUGGUCAACGGUGGGUUUUCGCGAGUUAAAGUGGAGAUUGCCGAACACCGCGUCGUCAGAUUGGUCAUCUCUAACCCUAAGGUGAAAUACUUCCCUGGCUGCUACUGCUUCUUCUACUUCCUCCACCCGAAAUACGGGCUGAUCCUCCAGUCACACCCGUUCACCAUGAUCAAGUCGCCGGUGGAAGAAAACGGCAACCUUGUCGUCUACUUUAAAGCUCGUGGUGGUGUCACGAAAAACCUCUACUACGGUAACGAUACUGAAGUGUUGGCAUUCAUCGAAGGCCCCUACGGUGAGUUCGGCCCUGAUCUGCUUAAGCAUAAGCUGAGACCUAUCGCACUUCCAGCAGCUGAGAAACAACGCCACAUCGCCUCGAAACUGGACGAGCUGUCGCUGGAUAACUUAUCGGAAGACUUGGGCACCGGUGACGUCACCGUCGGCCUUGCUGCCGGCAUGGGUAUCUGUGCCGUGCUCCCCAAGAUGUACUACUGCGGCACCGCAUCCAAGUUAUACUGGGUCGUCAACGAUGCCCGCCACAUCAACUGGGCCUACCGCGACUUGGAGUGGUUGAAAGAGCAAGGGUGUUUCAUCAAAAUCAUCAUCACCGACGAGGCGGUCACCGAGGCGGCGAUCGCCGAACUUAAGCCCUACUGCUCGCUGUUGAUCCUCGACCUUAAAUCUCGUCCCCGCGUCGCCGGCAUCGUCCACUAUAACGCCGACCGGUUCGCCCACGUCAACCUCGUGGUGUGUGGCCCGGAAGACUUUAAUUACACGGCGCGGGACGCGUUGGGAGUGAAGCUGUACCCGAACGUCGAGUUGGAAUUGGAGAGUUUCGUCUGGUAA